AGGAAUCAGACUUGAAAGACCGAUUUGCCAAAAAUGAAAAAGGAAAGUAGCCAAAUUAUUUUUUUUCUCUUCUUUGUUUCUUAGAGCGAACCCUAGGGGUUUCAAUCGUCCAGAGAGAGCUGCUGCAUCUUCGCCGGAAACCGGAGGCCCCUUUUCCUUUUCCGAUCUUUCUCGGCGCUGUGUUCAUUUUCCAGGUUGAAUGUCGGGUAUUCUUUUUUUUGAAAUAUAUGACGGGACCUGCCAGGAUUGAAGAGAAGCUGGAAAAGGAACGGAGCGAGCUUUGAGAUCUCGUAAUAUCUUUGGUGGAACACCAUCAAACAUUUUCUCGUUACAUUUCCAAAUAAAAGGAUGUGCAUCAAGCACAAAGGGGCGGAGUAUAUAGAUAUACUUAGGUCCGAGAGAAUUUAGUUGCAUAGCAGAAAGUCCAGAACAUUGUUACAGAAGUAUCUUUGGCUUUUCGGAUGGCUGCUGAUCCCUCACACCAUGGAUUGCAUGAUACGGGAAGUCAAGAAACAAUAGAGGAAGGUGGUGGCAGUUGGUAUUUCUCCAGGAGAGAGAUUGAAGAAAAUUCUCCUUCUAGACAAGAUGGCAUCGAUUUGAAGAAGGAAACUUACUUGCGGAAAUCAUAUUGCACUUUCUUACAAGAUUUGGGCAUGCGACUUAAAGUGCCUCAAGUGACCAUUGCUACUGCAAUUAUAUUUUGUCACCGUUUCUUUCUUCGUCAAUCUCAUGCCAGAAAUGAUAGGAGGAAUAUUGCAACUGUAUGUAUGUUCCUUGCUGGAAAGGUUGAAGAAACACCUCGACCCUUGAAAGAUGUGAUACUUGUCUCGUAUGAGAUUAUUCAUAAGAAGGACCCGGCAGCAAUACAAAGGAUUAAGCAAAGGGAAGUCUAUGAACAACAAAAGGAACUGAUUUUGAUGGGGGAGAGGGUAGUUCUUGCAACACUUGGUUUUGACCUUAAUGUGCAUCAUCCAUAUAAACCCCUUGUUGAGGCUAUUAAAAAAUUCAAGGUUGCCCAAAAUGCACUUGCUCAAGUUGCUUGGAAUUUUGUUAAUGAUGGGCUUCGGACAUCUUUAUGCUUGCAAUUUAAGCCCCAUCACAUUGCAGCAGGUGCCAUUUUUCUUGCUGCGAAGUUUCUCAAAGUUAAGCUUCCACAUGACGGUGAGAAGGUUUGGUGGCAGGAGUUUGAUGUCACCCCACGUCAAUUGGAGGAGGUAAGCAACCAAAUGCUUGAACUAUAUGAACAGAACAAAGCACCACCUUCUAAUGCCAAUGAAGCAGAAGAAAGCCCUGCUGUUGCGGGUACUCAGAGACCAUCGAAUGUUUCCUGUGCUGAUGAAGACCAGAUCCUGAACAACAAUUCUCAUGGUGGCGGUGCUGCCACAUCAUCGAAGUCAGGGAUCUCCAAAGCCUCAUCCUCUCAAAAGCCAAUUCCCGAUCAUUCGCAUGCCGAUAAUCAUGGUAGGGGCAGUCAAAACCGUAGCAAUGACUACGCAAGUUCUGAAAAGAGCAUUUCAGACCGAUUCAGUGAUGUCGGUGAGAUCAGCGAUCAGCAGAACCGUGAAAGAGGACUGUCGUUGCCUUGCCAUGGGAAUGGGGAAGAUGAGCUAGUUGAAGGAAAUUGUGGGAGAAUAGAACAAAUGAAGGACAAGCUGCAUGUUGGUCGGGCCCUGGAACCCCACCACAAGGAAGGGGCUGCAGUUGGCCGGUCUCCACAAGAGGUCAUCAAGAAGAUAGACAAAGACAAAGUCAAAGCAGCACUCGAGAGAAGCCGGAAGUCCCGUGGGGACGCAGCUAGGAAGGUCGAUGUUCUGGACGACGAUGACCUCAUCGAAAGAGAAUUGGAGGACGGGAUAGAGAUAGCCGCCUCGGAUGAUGGUGAGAAGGGGAAAUGGGAAAGAAGACAAAGUUGGUCCAAGUCUUCAAACGGGGCAGAGCACGACCAAGGAAUGAUGACGAAAGGUGGGGAGGCGGCACCCAAUAAUGUGGAAGAAGGGGAAUUGGGACCUUUUGGGGAUGCUGCCGACAAGGGGGCCCACCAUUCGCCCAAGUCGGUUAACCGUAAGCGGAAGGCAAGUCCCCCUCCCGCAGAGGGAAAGCAUCGUCACGAACACCCAGCAACACACAAUCACUCACACCACGACUUCCCGGAGGACAGAAGUAGGAGCGGCAAACUCGUCGGGCAUUCAGAAAGGGACAACAAAAGGCACCUCCAGGAGAAUCACACGUAAAAUGCUGUCGUCUUCGUAGGUUAGUACAGAGGGAGCAUCCUAGAAAUGGUCGGUCGGUCGAAGCGGCAACGUUCUACUGAAGUGGUUUGUGUUUUUUUUGGGGGGUAAAAACACUGUCCUGGCAAACCUCAUCACAUCAAAUUCUGAACUGGUCUACUAUUAUUAUAAGGUUUGAUGAGAAAUUCUUCUGACUCUUGGGGUGGGUGCUGUGCAUUAUUAGUCUCCCUGAUUUCACAUGCUACAACAGCUUAAAAUCCUCAUUUGGUUGUCACACACAAAAUCUAUAUAUCCAUAGAAUGAUUUUUUUUUAUUAAAAAAAGGUGUAAAAUUAUUGUUUUUCUUGGGAUUUGGGAACUAAUCCAUCCUCCCCCACACCCAUUGCUUUUUAGUCCCUGCUCUUCAUACAUGUUGGGAAUUCUAUGGAUCUGUUGUAUUUUAUUGAUGAGGCUUAGAAUAACAUUUUGGAUCCUUU